AAACAGUGAAAAUGAAAUGUUAGCAUUAUGUGGCUUAUUAAUGGCAAGGAUUUGGAGACAGAAAACAGCAGACAUAUAACAUUCUAAAAGUCUAAAGCUGCAACAUUUUAAGACUUAGAAUGGGAAAAAAGUACCAAUUAAUAGUACUUGGGCUAAGGCAGGAAAGAAUUGUGUUGGACGUGGCAGAUUCUGAUCAUGAAUUUAAGAAAAUGAAUGUGCAGCAAGUCAAGGAGAAACUAUCUGAAAGGAUCCCAGGAUGUCCAAGAACUGAAGACUUCAGACUCAUAUUUGCAGACAAACAGCUCAAUGAUAACCAGAAACUUUCUGAAUGUGGAAUUAAGAAUAAGUCAUCAGUUAUGAUGGUCCUAAGGUUACCUGGAGGAAUCAACAAAAGUGUUCUCUUUGAUAGCAAACCUAGUGAGAGAUGAACUUAAGUUAUCCAUAGGAUUUGUUUUGAUGGCAAACCUAAUGAGACAUGAAGACAGAUAUUCAGUGUUCCUAGUUAUCUAAUGCACACAACAACUCCAUCAUCUGGGAUAAGCUCCAAAGUGAACCAAUGCAAAUUUCUGUUUUUCUAUUUAUGACUGUGGUUUUACAGGCCUUUCAUUUGAUUUAUACAUAUUAAUACAUUUUUCGAAUACUGCUGUUGGAUAGUUCCAGUUGUUUGUGCUUGUAGGUGUUGUUGCAUUCCUUGUUCCAGAGCCAAUGGACAAAGUAUUCAUUUACAAAAUGUAGACAUCAGUGUAUUUUCUUACUGUCUCAUGCCAAUACAGUAAAGCAGUUUGCACAUAAUGAAUAAAUAGAUUUGAUAAGUUAA